AACAAGUUUUUGAUUAUUUGUGACUGGCGUCUGGCGGUAACUAAGUGAUCAUGGUUUUUGUGUUGUUAUUGGAAGACAUAUUAGGUUUCUAUAUAUCUUGUUUGCGGGCAUAGUGCCAUGCAUAAUAGAUAUCAUGCAUGGAAUGAGUGAGGAAUAGAAUUUAUUUAAUGUGGUGUUUUUCUAACCCUCAAAACAAUGGAAGAAGUAGGAUCGCGAAAGCAACAUCCGCUAACCAAACUUGGAACUUCUUUGAAAAUGAAACCACUUAUUAAUUUAAAAGUUGAUGAAUUGUUCAUGAAAUGGAUAAGUUUACCAGAACAAAGCGAUUUAUUUGCCAAACUUGAGCAAAUCAAGGAAAAUAGAAAUGAAGGGGAGAAUUUAAGUACUAACUUUCAAGUACAGAAGACUGCUAAAAAUAAAAAAGCAAAAGAAGUUGCAAACCUUACUAUACCAGCUAUUAUUAAAGAUGACUCAAAACCAAUGCUGAGUCCUCGUCGGUUUGCUAAAAAUGCAAAAUCUAGAACAAGUUUAGAAAAAUACGAACCUAGCAAUCACAUUUCCACAAACAGUAUUACAGUAGAUGCACGGGAAUCAAUUUCCGUGACUAAUAAUAAUAAGUCAACAAAACAUAUCAUUCCUCAAUUCUAUUUUCCAUAUGGCAAGCCAAAUACGAUAGCAACGGACAAAACCUUCACAAGAAUGAUAUCCAAAGCUUUUUUAGAGUUGAAUACAAAAAGAUUAAAACUGUCACAGAUGGGUACGGUGUGCAAAGCUUGUGGAUGCCCUUUUUAUUGGAAAUCAAUAUUAUUUAAUAAAGCUCUUAAACCUGGAAAUACGUAUGUUACGGAAAGUGGUGUUAUCGAAAUGUGGAAGUCUGUAGUUUCACUUUAUCAUGAUGAAGCAUCAAGAUUUGUGAGCCUACUUGCUAAGAAAGACAAUAAAUAUUUAGAAUUUGAUGACCUUUUGCCAUUACUUCGUGACGUCGUUGAUACACAUCCUGGACUUAUGUUUCUGAAAGAAGCUCCUGAAUUUCACACACGAUAUAUGAAUACUGUAAUAGCACGAAUAUUUUACACAGUGAAUCGAUCAUGGUCUGGAAGAAUUUCUGUCAAUGAACUUCGGAAAAGUAAUUUUCUAUCUGUUUUGGCCAACCUGGAAAAUGAACAAGAUAUAAAUGUUGUGAUGGAUUAUUUCUCUUACGAACAUUUUUAUGUAAUUUAUUGCAAAUUUUGGGAACUUGACAAGGAUCAUGACCUUGUUAUUGACAAGAAUGAUCUUGCCAGACACUCUGACGGAGUGUUGAGUGGUCGACUUAUUGAUAGAAUUCUGUCUGGAGCUGUAACCAGAUGGAGUGAUUCUGCUACUCGGACGCAAUGUAUGUCAUAUGUUGAUUUUGUUUGGUUUCUCAUAUCUGAGGAAGAUAAGACUACAAAUAUAAGUAUCGAAUAUUGGUUUCGAUGCAUGGACUUGGAUGGAGAUGGCUUCAUCUCUUUGUAUGAGAUGGAAUAUUUUUAUGAAGAACAAAUCAGAAAACUUGAGUUGCUUGAUAUUGAACCUCUUCCAUUUGAUGACUGUGCAUGUCAAAUAUUGGAUAUGAUACACCCAGCAAAGCCAGAAUGCAUAUCUCUUGUUGAUCUAAAAAAAUCGCAAAUGGCGGGUAUUUUCUUUGAUACAUUCCUCAAUAUUGAAAAAUACCUAGAACAUGAACAAAAAGAUCCAUUUGCAAACUCAUUGCUUGAUGAAAAUGAUGAGGCUUUUGAAUUUCCAAAGCAAUCUGACUGGGAGAAGUAUGCUGCAGAAGAGUACGAAGUUCUGGUUGCUGAGGAACAAGCUAACGAAGCAAAAACUACAUUUAGUGCUGACAAUCCUUUUGCUGAUGUUCUAGAAGACGAAUUAACUAGAUUAGACAUCAUGCAUGAUGAUCCACUGAACGAUGCUUUACGGUUUAGUCGAGGUUCUAAUUCAAACGGUCCCAAAUCGAGCUCACUUUCGCAAUCAACAACAGUAUUUUAAAUACAAAAUUAUAUUAGUAGUAACAGUAAGUGUGUGUCCCUGUAUUGGUUACAGAUUAUAUUUGAGUUACAAUCAGUUAUAUUUAUAAUAUCAUUGAGUGUUUGCAUUUAUGCUCAACUUUUUAUGAAUAUCUCCUAUUCGAGCAUACUUCUAUUCAUUUGGUUACAGAUCUUCAAAAUCAAAUCCUUUUUUCUAAUAGCCACCAUCAAAAUUAUCUUGUCUGAGGAUACCUGUAAAAACAUGACUCUCUCUCCAUAAAUGUUCAGGUUAAGGUGAUGAAAUCAGUUGGGAUUUGGUUUUAGUUGAAGAUUGUGCUGAUGUUUGUUCAUACAUGUUACAGAGAGCUUUUGUUAAAUCAUCUUAAAUGCUUCCAAAGUGGCAUUUUUCAUUUUGUUAUAACUUUUCUGUAAGUCGCUGCUGGCUUUUGGUACGACUAUUUGCAUUGUGAUAUGGCGGUGUAUGCAAUCUUUUACCUGGUGCAUCCUGUUUUACUUAAAGACAUAACAUGACUAUGCUGCUAUCAUUGUGCUGUAUAUAACUCACUUGUUGUAGUUUAAUGAGUUUUUUUUUAUUAACUUUGAUAAAACCUGUUCUUGCACAUCAUGGUGCUCAAAAUGAAUUA